CCGCGGUGUCUGGGAGCGAGAAAAAGGGCUGGACCAAUAGGUGCCCGGAAGAGGCGGGCCCAGCGGGCUGUUGAUUGGAACUGGCCGUGGACCCUCCCCUGGGGUGGUGCCGGAGGGGGGAUGAUGGGUCGAGAGGUGUGUCUAUGUGGAGGCGAGAUGACCGGCAGGAAGUUGCCCCAAUGGGCUUCGGAGUGGUUAGUGAAUGUAUGACGGACAGAUGCGGAGGCCAACGGGUGGCCUUCAGUGUCUGUGGUUUCGUCCAAUGGAGCAGCGCCGAGGCGGGGCCGCGUCUCGGGUUUAAUGAGACUCCAUUGGGCUGUAAUCAGUGUCAUGUCGGAUUCAUGUCAACGACAACAACAGGGGGACACAAAAUGGCGGCGGCUUAGCUCCUAUCCCUGGCGGCGGCGGCAGCGGUGGCGGAGGCGACGGCACCUCCUCCAGGCGGCAGCCGUGGGUUUUUUUCCAGGCAGCGGCAGCGCCCCCGGCAGGCGAGGUGGCGGUGGCGCGCAGCCAGACUUGCCUGAAGACCUGGACAAUCUUCGUUUUUGUCACGGACUGUUAAAAACAUUUGGAGUUCCAAUUCUGGUCUUGGUUUCCUAGUUAAAGAUGUUCUUCACUUGAAUGCAGUACUCUCUCCACUGCCUGUUUGUCCUCUUUUGAAUCUCUGAAGGAUGGAUUUUUUAAGAUGUUGCUUGGCAUGGUCUGGAAUACUCUGCCCAUUAGUUGAGUUGUAAACGACUUUCAAAUGCUCAAGUCCUGUUAAAUACAAGGAGAACCUCUAUGGGUAACUUUUGUGUGGAAGAAGUCAUUUGUCAACCAUGGUAAAACUUGCAAACCCACUUUAUACAGAGUGGAUUCUUGAAGCUAUACAGAAAAUCAAAAAGCAAAAGCAAAGGCCCUCAGAAGAGCGAAUCUGCCAUGCGGUCAGCGCCUCCCAUGGGUUGGAUAAGAAGACGGUCUCUGAGCAGCUGGAGCUCAGCGUCCAGGAUGGCUCCGUGCUCAAGGUCACCAACAAAGGCCUUGCCUCCUACAAGGACCCGGACAACCCGGGGCGCUUCUCAGCGGUCAAGCCGGGCACUUUUCCUAAGUCAUCCAAGGGGUCGAGAGGAUCAUGUAAUGAUCUGCGUAAUGUGGAUUGGAAUAAACUUUUAAGAAGAGCAAUUGAAGGGCUCGAGGAGCCAAAUGGCUCCUCCUUGAAGAACAUCGAGAAGUAUCUCAGAAGCCAGAGCGAUCUCUCGAGCACUACCACCAACCCGGCCUUUCAGCAGCGCCUGCGCCUGGGCGCCAAGCGCGCCGUGAACAACGGGAGGCUGCUGAAGGACGGGCCGCAGUACAGGGUCAACUAUGGGGGUUCAGACGGCAAGGCGGCGCCCGAGUGCCCCAGCGCCUUCCCGUCCUCGCUCCCGCCGGUCAGCCUCCUCCCCCACGAGAAGGACCAGCCCCGUGCUGAUCCCAUUCCAAUAUGUAGCUUCUGUUUGGGGACUAAAGAAUCCAAUCGUGAAAAGAAACCAGAAGAACUCCUGUCCUGUGCAGAUUGUGGCAGUAGUGGGCACCCAUCCUGUUUGAAAUUUUGUCCUGAAUUAACAACAAAUGUAAAGGCCUUAAGGUGGCAGUGCAUCGAAUGCAAGACAUGCAGUGCAUGUAGAAUCCAAGGCAAAAAUGCAGAUAAUAUGCUUUUUUGUGACUCCUGUGAUAGAGGAUUCCAUAUGGAGUGCUGUGACCCACCACUUUCCAGAAUGCCAAAAGGGAUGUGGAUUUGCCAAGUCUGCAGACCAAAGAAAAAGGGAAGAAAACUACUUCAUGAGAAAGCUGCACAAAUAAAACGACGAUAUGCAAAACCCAUUGGACGACCGAAAAAUAAAUUAAAGCAACGAUUGUUGUCUGUAACCAGUGAUGAAGGAUCCAUGAAUGCAUUCACAGGAAGGGGGUCACCUGGUAGGGGUCAAAAGACUAAAGUCUGUACCACACCUUCAUCUGGUCAUGCUGCAUCUGGGAAGGACUCAAGCAGCAGAUUGGCUGUUACAGACCCCACUCGGCCUGGUGCCACCACCAAAAUCACCACCACCUCCACCUACAUUUCUGCCUCUACACUUAAAGUUAACAAGAAAACCAAAGGGCUCAUUGAUGGCCUUACUAAGUUUUUUACACCAUCACCUGAUGGUCGCAGAUCACGAGGUGAAAUAAUUGACUUUUCAAAGCACUAUCGUCCAAGGAAAAAGGUCUCUCAGAAACAGUCAUGCACUUCUCAUGUGUUGGCUACAGGUACCACACAAAAGCUAAAACCUCCACCUUCUUCACUUCCACCCCCAAACCCCAUCUCUGGUCAGAGCCCCAGUUCACAAAAGUCCAGCACCUCCACUUCUUCUACCUCUCCCCAGAGUUCUUCCAGCCAGUCCAGUGCGCCCUCCUUCAGCAGUCUUACCAAUAACAGCCAGCUGAAGGCACUCUUUGAUGGACUUUCUCAUAUCUAUACCACUCAGGGACAGUCUCGAAAAAAGGGACACCCAAGUUAUGCACCACCCAAACGUAUGCGUCGUAAAACUGACUUACCUUCCACGGCAAAAUCUAAAGCCCAUUUCUUUGGAAAAAGAGAUAUUAGAAGUAGGUUUAUUUCUCACUCCUCCUCUAGCUGGGGGAUGGCUAGAGGACGUAUUUUUAAAGCAAUUGCUCACUUCAAGCGAACAACUUUCCUUAAAAAGCACAGGAUGCUAGGCAGAUUAAAAUAUAAAGUGACCCCUCAGAUGGGGACCCCCUCACCAGGGAAGGGGAGCUUGGCAGACGGAAGGAUUAAACCUGAUCAGGAUGAUGAUACGGAAAUAAAAAUAAGCAUCAAACAAGAAAAUACAGAUGUAAAUGUGAUUGGAAACAAGGAUGUCGUUACUGAAGAGGAUUUGGAUGUUUUUAAACAGGCCCAGGAACUGUCUUGGGAGAAAAUAGAGUGUGAAAGUGGGGUGGAAGACUGUGGCCGGUACCCUUCCGUAAUAGAAUUUGGAAAAUAUGAAAUCCAAACCUGGUACUCCUCGCCUUACCCACAGGAAUACGCAAGAUUACCAAAGCUUUACCUGUGUGAGUUCUGUCUUAAAUAUAUGAAAAGUAAAAAUAUUUUGCUAAGACACUCAAAGAAGUGUGGAUGGUUUCAUCCUCCAGCAAAUGAAAUUUACCGAAGGAAAGACCUUUCAGUAUUUGAGGUUGAUGGGAAUAUGAGCAAAAUUUAUUGCCAAAACCUUUGCUUGUUAGCCAAGCUAUUCCUGGACCACAAAACGUUGUAUUAUGAUGUUGAGCCAUUCCUUUUUUAUGUCCUUACAAAAAAUGAUGAAAAAGGCUGUCAUCUGGUUGGAUACUUCUCUAAGGAAAAGCUUUGCCAGCAGAAGUAUAAUGUCUCCUGCAUAAUGAUCAUGCCCCAGCACCAAAGGCAAGGAUUUGGACGGUUUCUCAUUGAUUUCAGCUAUUUGCUUUCUAGAAGAGAAGGCCAAGCAGGGUCUCCUGAAAAGCCACUCUCUGAUCUGGGCCGUCUCUCCUACCUGGCCUAUUGGAAGAGCGUCAUCUUAGAAUACCUCUGCCACCACCAUGAGAGACACAUCAGCAUCAAGGCAAUUAGCAGAGCUACGGGCAUGUGCCCCCAUGACAUUGCCACCACUCUGCAGCACCUCCACAUGAUUGACAAGAGAGAUGGCAGAUUUGUCAUCAUUAGAAGGGAAAAGUUGAUACUGGACCACAUGGAAAAGCUGAAAACCUGUUCCCGGGUCAAUGAACUUGAUCCAGAAUGUCUGAGGUGGACGCCAAUUUUAAUUUCUAAUGUUGCAGUUUCUGAAGAAGAACGAGAAGCUGAAAAAGAGGCUGAGAGGCUGAUGGAACAAGCUAGCUGCUGGGAAAAGGAGGACCAGGAAAUCCUGUCAUCUAGAGCGAACAGUAGGCAAUCACCUGCAAAAGUACAAUCGAAAAAUAAGUAUUUGCAUUCUCCGGAGGGCCGCCCAGGGGCCGGGGAACGUGGGCAGCUGAUGGAAUUGGCUAAAGAGAGCAGUGAAGAGGAAGAAGAAGAGGAGGAGGAGGAAGAGGAAGAAGAAGAGGAAGAAGAGGAGGAGGAAGAUGAGGAAGAGGAAGAAAAUAUUCGAAGCUCUCCUCCACGAUUGACUAAACCACAGUCAGUUGCUAUAAAGAGAAAGAGGCCUUUUGUACUAAAGAAGAAAAGGGGUCGUAAACGCAGGAGAAUCAACAGCAGUGUAACAACCGAGACCAUUUCGGAGACGACAGAAGUUCUGAACGAGCCCUUUGACCACUCAGAUGAGGAGAGGCCGAUGCCGCAGCUGGAGCCUACCUGCGAGCUGGAAGUGGAGGAGGAGAGCCAGAAGCCGGUGCUGAGGAAAGCGUUCCAGCACCAGCUUGGGAAGAAGAGGCAGGCAGAGCUGGAGGAAGAAAAAGACAAUCAUUGCUUUAAGAACAGUGACCCCUGCAGAAACAAUACAGAUGAAGAUGCAAAUAACUUGAAAGAAGGCAGCAAAGACAAUCCUGAAACUCUGAAGUGCAAGCAAACAUGGCCAAAAGGAACCAAGCGAGGUCUGUCUAAGUGGAGGCAGAGCAAAGAGCGGAAGACCGGAUUUAAACUGAAUUUGUACACCCCACCAGAAACGCCCAUGGAGCCCGAUGAGCAGGUCACAGUGGAGGAGCAGCAGGAGAUUUCCGAAGACAAAAGCAGCCCCACUCUUGCCGAGAUGGAGCAGGAGGUGAAGGAGACCUCAGAAGCCCCACUGCCUCGGGAUGGGAACAGAAGGGAGGAAUCCUGUACGCCUGGGAGUCCACAUGAAUCACCAGGCGAGAAGUCCGAUGAUCUCAUCAAACCCGAAGAGGAGGAGGAAGAAGAAGAGGAGGAAGAAGAAGAAGAAGAAGAGGAAGAAGGAAUUGUAGAAAAAGACCCAGAUGGUUCUAAAAAUCAGGAAAAAGUGGAACCCGAAAUUUCCGUGGCAAAAGAAGACCAUGUGCAUUUGGAUGAUCACGAAGAGGAAGAGGAAGAGGACGAAGAGCCGGCACACAAUGAGGACCACGAUGCGGACGAUGAAGACGACAGCCACAUGGAGUCUGCCGGAGCCGAGAAGGAAGAGCUCCCAAGAGAAGCCUUCAAAGCGGUGCUGGAAAACCAGGAGGCUUUUUUAGACCUUAGUGUUCAGCCCAGUUAUUCGAACUCAGAGGUCCUGAUGGACUGUGGUGUUGAUGUUGCGGCUUCGUGUCACAGUGAGCCGAAGGAGCUUGCUGGCGACACCGAAACUGCACCCGAGUCUGACGGGGAGCCCCCAGAAGAGCAGGCUCAGAAGCAAGACCAGAAGGACGGCGAGGAAGUAGAUGCCGAGUUCAAAGAGGCGAACACGGCCACCUUGGAGAUUGACUCAGAGACUGUCCAGGCGGUUCAGUCUUUGACCCAGGAGAACAGGGAACAGGACGACACCUUUCAGGACUGUGCGGAGACGCAGGAGGCCUGUAGGAGCCUACAGAACUACACCCACGCAGACCAAAGUCCACAGAUCGCCGCAACGCUGGACGAUUGCCAGCAGUCAGACCACAGCAGCCCAGUUUCAUCUGUCCACUCCCAUCCCAGCCAGUCAGUCCGUUCUGUCAACAGCCCAAGCGUCCCUGCCAUGGAGAACAGCUAUGCCCAAAUCAGCCCUGACCAGAGCGCCAUCUCAGUGCCCUCCUUACAGAACAUGGAAACCAGUCCAAUGAUGGACGUCCCGUCUGUCUCCGACCACUCCCAGCAAGUCGUGGACAGCGGAUUUAGUGACCUGGGCAGCAUUGAGAGCACAACGGAGAACUAUGAAAACCCAAGCAGCUACGACUCUACAAUGGGUGGCAGCAUUUGUGGAAACGGCUCUUCCCAGAACAGCUGCUCCUAUAGCAACCUCACCUCCAGCAACCUGACCCAGAGCAGCUGCGCCGUCACGCAGCAGAUGUCCAACAUGAGCGGGAGCUGCAGCAUGCUGCAGCAGACCAGCAUCAGCUCUCCCCCGACCUGCAGCGUCAAGUCUCCCCAGGGCUGCGUGGGGGAGAGGCCCCCGAGCAGCAGCCAGCAGCUGGCGCAGUGCAGCAUGGCAGCCAACUUCUCCCCGCCCAUGCAGCUGGCCGACAUCCCUGAGGCGGGCAAUGCCAACAUUGGCUUAUAUGAGCGAAUGGGGCAGAGUGAUUUUGGGGCUGGGCACUACCCACAGCCAUCCGCCACCUUCAGCCUUGCCAAACUGCAGCAGUUAACUAAUACACUUAUUGAUCAUUCAUUGCCUUACAGCCAUUCCGCUGCUGUGACUUCCUAUGCAAACAGUGCCUCUUUGUCUACACCAUUAAGCAACACAGGGCUCGUCCAGCUUUCUCAGUCUCCACACUCUGUCCCGGGGGGACCCCAAGCACAAGCUACUAUGACCCCACCCCCGAACCUAACUCCUCCUCCAAUGAAUCUGCCACCGCCACUUUUGCAGCGGAACAUGGCUGCAUCCAACAUCGGCAUCUCCCACAGCCAAAGACUGCAAACCCAGAUCGCCAGCAAGGGCCACAUCUCCAUGAGAACCAAGUCGGCGUCUCUGUCACCAGCCGCUGCCACCCAUCAGUCACAAAUCUAUGGGCGCUCCCAGACCGUAGCCAUGCAGGGCCCUGCGCGGACUUUAACGAUGCAGCGAGGCAUGAAUAUGAGUGUGAACCUGAUGCCAGCCCCAGCCUACAACGUCAACUCCGUGAACAUGAACACUCUGAACGCCAUGAAUGGGUACAGCAUGUCCCAACCCAUGAUGAACAGUGGCUACCAUAGCAAUCAUGGCUACAUGAACCAGACGCCCCAGUACCCUAUGCAGAUGCAGAUGGGCAUGAUGGGCACCCAGCCAUAUGCCCAGCAGCCAAUGCAGACCCCGCCCCACAGUAACAUGAUGUACACAGCGCCGGGACAUCAUGGCUACAUGAACACGGGCAUGUCCAAGCAGUCUCUCAAUGGGUCCUACAUGAGGAGGUAGGCAGCCGGGGCGGCCCCAGCACCCUCUGGGCAUCACUGUCAGAUGGAUUGAUCUGCACAAAUACCUAUGAAGAGUACGAUUUCAAAACCAGCAAUUGGUGUGAAUGCAAAAACAUUUGUUGGCACCAUUUAUUUAAAAAAAAAAAAAGCUGUAUGCAGCAGAAAGCCUUAUACAAGUUAUUUUUCUUUCUUUUCUUUUUCUUUUUUGGUACCUUGGUUUCUGUUACUUUUAUAUGAAAUCCUUGGCAAAGGAAGGCCUCUCUCUGGACUACAGUUUGGAGGCAGACACUGAUUGUGCCUGCUUCCCUUAAAACAAUGUGGAUAUCAAAUCCCCCAAAUUAUCUGUUUUAAUACUGAACCUAGAGCUUUUUUUUCCUCCCCAUCACUCCAUGUAAAUGCCUUUAGCAUUUCAGUUAUUGUAUAUUUUGUUUAAGGUGACACUUCAGCAUGCCGCUAAUGUCUUUGUUAGUGACAGUGCAUUUUGUAGUACUGUACAAGUGUUGUGCUAACAGUAAGCCAUUUCUUAAGUUUUUUGCCUUGAUUAGGGUACCCUAAUUUGAGGGUUUAAAAAAAAACUAUAUUUUUGUUAAUUAUAAAACUGUAAAGAGCUAUAAAAGCUAUUCCCAUUUGGUUAGUCAAAAGGGUUUUAUUGCUAACUGUUUGGUGUAAAGUUGAGACCCUUUUCCAUUUUGGUGACAGAUUUCUUUGGGGAAAAAGGCAGCUUUCUGUUUUAUAAAUGCAGACUUCUGUUUAUUGAAUGAAGCAUAUCUCAGUGUUUAUCUGUCAGGUUUUGAAACAUUUCAUAUAUGUCCAAAUACUUGGCAGGAUUUAAAAAAAUAGUGAAUUUGGUGUAAAGUUGCUAUUUUAUGGAAAUGCCUCUAACUUUACAUUUUCAUUCCAUCUGUAGAUUUUUCUAUCUUUAUAAAAUAUUGGAGUUAUUUUUUAAGGAAAAAUAGAGAAGUAGCUUGUGAAUAGCUCAAACUAAGCUUACAAAUCGCAUGUAAAAAAGCAAAAAAGUUAUUUGUGUCUGUUUAUAUUGCUCCCUUUUUUGUAGCCUUUGUACCUGUACAGGGUGACAGUAAGGGCCAAGCAGGAGAGGCGUAACCCUUGUAUAAAAUAGGAGCCAGCAACACUCUUGUAUUUAUCUGUUCUCUUUUUAGUCAGUUACUUCAGAAAAACAAAAACAAAAAAACAAAAACAAAAAAAGCUGUACAUUUUAACAUAAAAUAAAUUAUGAUGAGCCAUUUUUAGCCUCUUGUGUCCUGUCAUAUUAUGAUUGAUAGAGAAUGACCAAUGGAACUGUAUCAAGUGUCACAUCUCAGAACACAUACACAUUUUGGGAAAAUAAAUUAUUUAGUGUAAAUUGGA